AUGACGGCGUUCGCGCUGGCGGCCUUCAGCGCAGUGCUGGGCGUGGUGCUGCGGCAGCAGUGGGCGCUGCCCGCGGUGAGGCCCGCCUCGGACCCCGGCUUCAGCGCGGAAAGGACCCGAGAGGUGCUGGAAGCUCUGACCAGCUGCGGGGCCAAGUAUGUGGGCUCCACAGCCAAUGAGGUUUGCGCGGUGCAAGCGCUGAUGAAGGAAAUCCAGAAGCUGCCGUCGGGCGCGGCACUCGAACUGCAGUCUGCCUCCGGCCAUUACUACCUGGAUUUCAUUGGCGGCCUUACGAUCACUUACAGGAACCUCACCAACCUCUUGGUCCGCGUGCCGUCGACUCCGCGGACUCCGCCGACUCCGACUCCGCGCUGCGCUCUGCUCAUCUCCUCGCACUUCGACUCGGCCUUGGGCUCGGUGGCGGCCUCGGACGCCAACGCAGAGGUGGCCAUCAUGACCGAGCUGCUGCGGCUGUUUUUGAGGGAGCCUUUGCCCGUGGACGUCAUCUUCAACUUCAACGGGGGCGAGGAGUUCUUGAUGCCGGCGGCCCAUGGUUUUGUGACUUCGCACCCCUGGGCAGCAGACGUUUGCGCGCAGAUCAACCUCGAGGCGGGCGGCUCCGGGGGGCGAGAGCUGCUCUUCCAGCUGGGCCCAAAGCACCGCUGGCUGGCGGAGGCCUUUGCCUCAGCGGCCCCCCGCCCGUAUGGCGCCUCCAUAUUGCAAGUCCUCUUCCAGACAGGCAUCAUCCCCGGGGAGACGGACUACCGGAUCUACCGGGACUUCGGCGACAUCCCGGGGGCCGAUUUCGCCACGCUGACCAAUGGCUGGGUGUAUCACACCUGGCGGGACGACCUCGCCCAUGUGGACUUCCGGUCGCUGCAGCGCUACGGGGAGACGAUCUUCGCGUUUGCCCAUAGCAUGGCGCAGAAGCUGCAGCAUGGCUUGCCGCCGCCAGGCAGCGCGGAAGCAGAGGAGUCGGCCGUGUUCUUUGACCUGGGGGGCCUUCUGAUGGUGCAGUACAGCGCUAGCCUUGCCACGCAGCUGCACGUGGCCGCGUGCCUGGUGGUUCUGAGCGUCUUCGGCCGCGCCCGCAGCUUCCUGAGCGCUUCGGUGCUGCUGCUCGCGGCGCUGGCCGCUCUGCUUUGCUGCGGUCUGGUGGGCGCCUUCUUAGCCUUCACCCCCUGCUCCAUGGUGGCCUCCGGGCACCCGGAGAUGGUGCCGCUGCUUUUCGGGCCCCCGGCGCUCGCGGGCUUCACAGGCUGCCUUUGGCUACUAAAAGACCAGAAGGACGCGGCCCAAGGUGCGGUGGUGCUGUCAGCGACGCUUUGCUUGGCCCUCUCGGUGAAUUCGGUCACGGUCCAGUCUUCCUACCUCUUCCUGGUUUGGUCUCUCCCAGCACUGGGCCUUCUGGGCAGAGGCUUCGUGUUCAAAGUUGUGCGAGUCGCCACCUUUCUGCUGCCCUGGCUCUUGCAGCUGCAGCUUUUAGUGAUGGCACUGGACCUGCUGUGCCCGCUGACCUUUCGCAGUGGCACCUCGAUCCCGGCGGACCUGGUGGUGGGCGGAGCCUUUGGCCUCGUCGCGGGCUUGGGCCUCGCCUUCUCGGCGCGGUUUGUGGCGCCGCUGCCGCUGCCGCGGGUGCUGAAGGCUUGUGCGGUGGUCUUUCUGCUCACCGUGCCGGUGGCUUGGCUGCUCUUCCCGUACAGCUACGACCGCCCGAAGCGGAUCUUCCAGCAGCACGUGGCGCGGUCCGAGUUCACUUGGGACUUGGCCCGCUCGCCAAGGCCUCAGCGAGAGGCGAUGGAGCACGGCCUGUGGACGUGUUCGCUGGAUUGGAACGGGGUGCAGACCUUGGACGACUUCGCGCCCUAUGGCCUGCCGCACGGAAGCCAUCGCUAUGACCAGACCCAGGGGGUCUAUGGGAAGGUGCCAAUGCCCUUCCCCACGCGAUCCUUCCUCACCAAGAGCGCCUGGGCCCCGCGGGCCGCGCCGCCUCUGCCUGGGCGGCCCCUAGACGUGCAGCUCGUUGCGGAGCCAUUUGGCGAGGCCAAGUUGCAGAGGCUGCGGGUGGAAGUGCAGGGUUCGGCCCAGGUGAUGCUGGUCCUGUCGCCUUUGUCGGCCUUGCACAGCUGGUCCUUGGGCGCUUUCGAGCGCAAAGGGGCUCCGCUCAGCGGGCCGCUGCCGCCGAAGCGCUCGGACUGCGACUGCCUCUUCCUGAUGUCCGUGGAGGGUGGUGAGCCAGGAAGACACACUGGCUUAUUCAACUUCUCGGCCGUGGCUGCAGGAGUGCUUGAGAUGGAGGUCUGGGCCAUGCAUUUCGAGACAACUUCCGAUGAGCUCCUCUACGAGGAGCGGCGUGUGCCCAGCUGGGUGUCCUACCUGGGCUGGGUCUCGGAGCUGCAAGCGCACCGGAUUGCUCUGGGGCAGUGA